AUGAGAAAGCUCAGUCUUACCUUACUUACCUUAGCUGUUGUCGGCUUUGUUUCAGCCGAGAACCCAUUUAGAUCAAUCUUCUCCACAAAGAAAGUUGCAUCUGCACCAACUAAAUGUGAUGCUGGAAUUUGCGCAGAAGGAAAUCACUGCAAUGAAUUCGGAUAUUGUGUUUCAGGCUCUCCUAACAAGAAUGCUUUCGGCCCCAUUAGCACUCUUGAUGUAUGUGGACCAAAGCACGAUAACCAAGAAUGUCCAUCAGGAAAAAAAUGCACAGAGUUUGGAGUCUGCAUUACCGAUACUUAACCAGCUAAAGCUGUACCUUCAUGCAAACUUAACAAUGAUUGUGCCUCAGAUCAUCACUGCAAUGAGUUCCAUUACUGUAUCCCAGGCUCACCUAAAUAGAUUACCCCAAUGGAAAAAUGUGGAAAGCAAAGAACUGAAUAGCCAGACUUUAAAUGUCCAGAAGGUAGUCAUUGCAAUGAGUUCGGAUGGUGCAUUGGAAAGCCAACCAGCAAAACUGACGACCCUCCAGUUCCAACUAAGUGUCAACUCCACAGUGAUUGCAAAUCAAGUCAACACUGCAACGAGUUCCACUGGUGCAUUCCAGGUGCUCCAUCUUUCGAGUCAAUCAAUAAAUGCCAAUCACACAGAGAUUGCCCAGCUCAACACAAGUGCAGCGAAUUCAACGUUUGUAUUUCAGGUGCUCCAUUUGAAGUUGCUAAAUGCUAGGCCAACAAUGAUUGCGAAUCCGCACACCAUUGUAAUGAAUUCCACUUCUGCAUCCCAGGCACUCCAAUCACAUCUGAUGGUAUCCACUGCAAAGCAAGCAGUGAAUGUGCCUCAGACCACCACUGUAAUGAGUUCCAUUUCUGCAUAUAAGGUGCUCCAAAGUAACACUCCGUCCUUAGUUUCUUCCAGAAACUCUUCUGA